AUGUCUAAUGAAAAUGUCACUUUCUGGGAGGCGCUGGAUGAAAAUUGUACAGUAUACUCACAAUUUUAUCCGGAUCCAUCACUGAGUCCUUAUGCAACAAUUCCAUUUGCUAUUGUCUAUGUUUGUAUCUUCAUUCUGGGUCUUGUUGGAAAUGCAACUGUUAUUUUUGUUACCUGUAACAAUGAAGCACUUCUGGUUAGUUCAUUUUUCACAUUUCAGAACGUUCAGAAUUUUUAUUUUCAUUUUUAGACAGUUCAAAAUAUAUUCAUUCUGAAUCUGGCGGCUAGCGAUAUCAUGAUGUGUAUUCUAUCAGUUCCCAUAACCCCAAUAACAAAUGUUGCAAAAAACUGGUACUUCGGAAACAUGCUCUGUCAUCUAAUACCGUGUAUUCAAGGUAAGCUCAAAAAAACUGUAUCAUAUAAGAAACAUGAUACAAGAAUCGAAGUUGUUCUCAAACAAACAUCUUUGGGAAAAUCGAAACACUAACCUAAGGGAUUCUUUAUCAUUUUUCCAAAAUUCCUCUAACUUUUGAGAUAUAAUGCAAUCCUGGUUGUCUUUUUACUUCAAGUGUUCAACCUGGUUUCUUGAAUAAAGUGUAAUUUUGGAAAAUCAUACAAGGCAUUCAACUGAAAAGUUUUUUAAUGAUUUGAAAACGAGACUGAAAAACAACAGAAUCACGCAAUAACACCUUCUAAAAUCUCAAAAAUCAAAAACAAUUUUUUAUUAGCAUUUUGAAACUUGUUUCCGCCACCCUGCUAACUUACUCACUCACGGUUUCAAACACACAAGUACAUAUAACAAAAACUAAGAUCACACCGGAAACCCCUUUUUAAGUAAAACGCAUCGAAUCAUUCAUAAUUCGAUUUAAGCCAAAAACUUUCUUAUUUUUGGCCGACACGCGUAGGUGUUCAAUUUUUUCAGGCAUCAGUACAUUUGUGUGCACUUUUAGUCUCACAGCAAUUGCAAUCGAUCGAUAUAUUUUGGUUGUUAAACCGCAUCGCACACCAUUAUCACAGAGAGGAGCACUUAUGACAACAAUUUUUAUUUGGAUCAUUUCGUGUGUGGUUACUGUACCAUAUGCCUUUAAUAUGCAAAUGGUUGAAUACAAGGUACAUAAAAAUCUGAAAAACUAUGAAUUUUUUGAUAUCCGGAAGAACUUUCAAGAAACCCAAUUUCCGGGAUGAAAAUAUUCUGAGCGUCAGACCGAAUUUGUGAUGAUGACUUUUUCCAAGAGAUCAUUUUUGGACUCGAAAAUGUCAAUUAUUCACAAUGACAAAAUGUUUUAUGUUAUGAACAAUUUCAAAGUUCAAGAACCCAAUUAUUAUUAAUAUGAUAAAAUUGAUAAUUAUGAACAUAUGUUUUGAGAUGUCCAAAAACGAAAAAAACAUAGAAUUAUUUGUUGGAAAAGAUAAUUACAAUGUUCAUUUGAAUAAAACUGAAAAAAACCCUAAAGUUUAAAGCUUUCACCGUAUUAAACAUAGAUCUUCAAAUUGAUAUCCUGUUGUUUGAAUUUGAACUACUGUUUUAGGAAGUUUAGUGCGUUUGGAAAAAUGUUGAUGUCAAGAUUUUCCCCAUAUUUCACCUCAAAUGAUUUCUGAACUUUGUCUAACUUAAAUAUGACAUGCGAUAUGACCAAAUGUUUCAUGUCACGAUAGAGUUCAAUGUUCCAUAUCUAUAUCAAAAAUAUUUUUAGGAAGAUCGAAUCUGUGGUUUCUUUUGCACAGAAAGAUGGGAAACUGCAAGACAACGGCGAAUCUAUACAUUCAUUGUUAUGUUAUCGCAAUUCGUUUUACCAUUUGCAAUAAUGGCAUUUUGUUAUUAUAACAUUUUUGCGGUUUUGAAUCGAAGAACUCAGGUAUAGCUUGAACGUAGAAUUAAAAUAGCAUACUUCCUCAUAUUUUUUCCAAAAAAAAGUGAAAUAUAAAAUAAGAUUUUAUUAUAAAUAAUUUAUGGUUUUUCUACAUGAAAGCUUGAAUUAUUUGUGAUAUUACCAAAAAAUUUACGUAAAAAAGAGGAAAUGACAAAAAAGUACUAAAUUUUUAGUCAAAAAUUCGACGAAUGGAUGAACGUUCAUUGGCAUUGGAAAAUUCUUGUGCAUUUCCAAGUCACGGAUUGGCAAAUUAUGAAAAUGAGAUGAACACAUUUUUGGAUAAACAAGAACGUGAAAAAACAAAAAUGUUGCAUCAAAAUCGAAGAACCACUUCGAUUUUGUUGACAAUGGUUAUUUGGUUUGGUGGAACUUGGUUGCCUCACAAUAUUGUUUCAUUGAUUAUUGAAUAUGAUGAUACACAUCAAUUUUUCCAAAUUUCAAAUCGUGAAGAUUGGGAUAUCAGUUAUCUCUUGAAUCUUUUUACACAUUGGUGAGUUUUGUACUUUGUACUGCUUGGAUUGAAAUUCAAGAUUUUGAAAGCGGAAGUAUCACAAAUUUAUAUGCACAUAGACAUCGAGAAUGAGAAAAAUUUCAAAUAACCUUCAAACUGAAAAUUGCAUAGAUGAUUUUUAAAAAAUUCGUUAUUCUUCGAAAAAUAAAAAAACAGUUUAGAAAAUUAUACUUAUAGAAAAAAUGAAUUUGGACAUUUUUCAAGCUCCAAAGAUUGUUUUCAGUAUUGCCAUGUCAAACUUAGUUGUAAAUCCAGUUUUAUAUGCAUGGCUCAAUCCAACAUUCCGUCAACUUGUUAUCAAACAAUUUUUUGGCGCCAAGAAGAAGUCUGAAAGGUUAGGCGAACUUUAGUUCUUUUUUGAGAAUAUUAUGAAAACUAAAUAUUUUUCAGAGCGAUCUUUGAGAAAAAAGCGAAAGUUGUUCCACCACCACGGAAAAGAUCUAUCAAGAAAGGUUUUCAAAUUUCGAAAUAAAAUUCCGAUAUGAAAAUCAUGUUUUUUUCAGACAUCGUCAUUGAGCACAGCGAAUUUGACACUUAUUUAUGA